AUGCGUUUUGCUGCCCUUUCCACGGUUCUUUUGGCUCUAGCACAGCAUGUGCACACUUUGCCAGUCGAGACUGAUGAAACUUCUACGCUCGAUAUCACCUUGAGUCGUCUCACUGACACCCGGAUCAAGGCUGUUGUAAAAAACUCUGGCAACGAAGAUGUCACGUUUGUGCAUCUCAACUUUUUCCGUGACACUGCACCCGUCAAGAAGGUCAAUGUCUUCAAGAACGAUGCUGAGGUCACCUUUGAGGGAAUCAAACGCCGGUUCGUUCUCGAUGGUCUUACCUCGGAGUCUCUCACUUCCCUUGCUGCAGGAGAGACCUUCGAAGAUGAAUUUGACAUUGCCACUACCAGUGACUUGUCUAGUGGAGGCCCAUUGACUCUUCGUUCGACUGGCCUAGUUCCCCUAGUUACUGAUGGUGCGGUCACUGGCUAUCUGUCAUACCGUUCCAAUGAUCUCAAGAUUGAGGUUGAUGGUGUGAAGGCAUCCCGUGUGCUGAAAGCUAUCAAGCCGCUUGAUCGUCGCGCUCUUCAAACCUGCAGUGACUCGAGCAAGAAGUCUGCACUUGCCAAAGCUCUCAAGAACACCGUGACGCUCGCAACCGAUGCCGCGGAAGCUGCCCUUUCUGGAUCCUCCACCAAGUUCGAAGAGUACUUCGGGACCACCAGCGCCGCCACACGCAAGGUCGUGGCCGCUCGCCUUAAGGCUGUGGCAAAGGAGGCCGGCUCGAACACUGCCACUAAGUACUACUGUGAAGAUACCUUGGGAUACUGCGAGACCAAUGUCUUGGCUUACACAUUGCCAUCUCAAAAUGUGAUCGCCAACUGUGAUCUCUACUACAGCGACCUCCCAGCAUUGACUAGCAAAUGCCACGGCCAAGAUCAAGCAACCACAACCCUCCACGAGUUCACCCACGCUCCAGGAGUAUACAGCCCGGGAACUGAAGACAACGGAUACGGAUAUAGCGCUGCAACAGCCCUCUCUACCGCAGAUGCUGUGAUGAACGCUGACUCGUAUGCACUGUAUGCCAACGGUUAG